UAACGAAUUGUCAAACUGUCAAGCUGUUUUAAAACUUUCGAAGCUUCUUUGUGCCGUGUUAAUUUUUGUGAUUUCUGCGAUUAAUAGCUGAUUUUCAGUAUUAAUUGGAAUCAGGCAUCGAUUAUUAUAGUUAUUUACUAGCUGCAAGGAACCAAAAAUCAAAAAAUGACGAGAGAAAUUUACUAUUCUGAAAAAUAUUCUGACGAGGAUCACGAGUAUAGGCAUGUGGUGUUGCCUAAGGAAAUGGUGAAGUUGGUUCCAAAGAAUCACCUGAUGUCUGAGCAGGAGUGGCGUAGUAUUGGUGUACAACAGAGCCAAGGAUGGGUCCACUAUAUGACACACACACCAGAACCACACAUCCUGCUGUUCAAACGUAAGAAGACAAUUGAGAAGGCAGAUAACAAAAACAUUAGGCGGUUCUGAUUUAAACCUUGUACAGACAUUAACCCUGUACAGUCAUGAGAUUAGACAUAAUAACUUCUUGUUUGCCUCAUAACAAACAUUAACACUAUCAACAUUAUUUUCAUUUGGCAUGAAAGAAUGUAACUCAGUUUCAUUAGACAUGAAAUCAACAGUCUACUUUGACAUGAACUUCAAUCCAAAACUAAAUAGCUGGAUCCAUAUUGCGCUAGUAGCUUUGCCUUCAGAAUCAACACCUAAUUUAGUUAAGAGUAGAAAUUGUCACAGUUAAAUAAUAUUGUUCACUGGCGUUAGCAUUGCAUUUUUAUAUGAAUGCUGGUUAUUGGAAUUAGGGCUGGUUUUCACGAUACAAGUACUUGACCAAAUGUGCUGGAAAAACUAUUCUAUGCGGUAGUGUGACUCGGAUUUUGUUUUUAUGAUGUCACUUUGAUUAUUUUAUGAAAACCUACAAAAAAUACAGUAGCUGAUCUGUCAUCGUCCUGUUCAGGAUAAAGACAAAUGGUACUUGGUCACUGAAAAACCUAUAACGUAUGGACCAACUUUCGAGUGGACUCCUAUGACUCACGUGUUUACACACUACGAAUAACAUCGCAAGUAGUCAUCGGAGCGGACUACUGGUUUAUUGAAAAGCAGACCUUACCCUUCAAAUGCUAUUGACAAUCAAAAGUUUUGCUAUCAUAAGUAAUAUAUUUAGACAAAAAGCUCAGUGCUACAAUUUUAUCAGACUGGAGUACUUAUGGAAGUACUAGCAAUUUGCUCUCUAGGAAAUUUAUAUGUAAGGCUGCUCACUUGGUGCGGACCUUGCUUCUGUCAUGUAUGCAAGUUUGACACUAUCAAUAAAACACCAAUUGUGCCUUGUAUGGAAGUAUAAAAUAUUUCUAGGACAACCUACUUGUAACUGCAGCAUUGACUUAAUUCAAUAGGUUUUAAUGUUUUUCAGGUAUAAGAAUUUUAAAUUUUCUAAUCUUGGAUAUUUUCUUUUUCCAAUCAUGAUGUAACAUGGUCUUUGCCAAGUUUUAAAUAUAGACAUUUACACUAGUUUUUAGGGUAAUUUAACCUUUUUGAGGAGUUUUAAGGGAUCAUGACAAAGUACACGCGCCGCGAUACCCGUA